AAUAUUGUGCUCAAGAUGGCCGCCGAUGUGGGAUCGAUGUUUCAAUAUUGGAAGAAAUUUGAUCUCCGGCGGCUUCAGAGGGAGCUAAAUUCAGUGGCGGCACAACUAGCAGGCCGACAGGAAGAGAGCGAGGACUCCCAUAAGCACCUGGUGGAACUGAGCCGUGAAUUCAAGAAAAAUGUCCCAGAGGAGGUGUUGGAGAUGGUUUCGCCCGUUCUCAAGAGUUUCCAAGCUCAGGUGGUUGCGUUGAGCCAGCGCAGUAAGGAGGCGGAGUCUGCGUUCCUGGGAAUAUAUAAACAGCUGAUCGAGGCCCCAGAUCCAGCUUCGCUGCUGGAGGCCACACAGGAGCGUCUGGCAGAACUUCAGCGUUCGGCCCCUGACGGUGAUGCUCUGGUCACAGAAAUCUCUGAGAACUGGAGGAGACACCUGGAGUGCCUUGACAAAGCAGAACACAUAGAGGAGGGGUCUGUAACCGUGGAGACAGGGGAGGCGUCGACACAGCGGCCCCACAUGAUGACACCAAACAGCACACAGAACGCCCAGGAUGGAGACGCCCCACUCCAAAAUCAUCAGGACCCGCAGGAAGGGGAGGAACAUGAAUCAGACAUUUCGCUGCCUGUCAGACUCGGUCAGGCUGAGGACCGGAUCAAAGCGCUUCAGUCAUCACUGAACUCGGCCCGAACGGAGCUGCAGGAACUGAGGUGUAAAUACGACAAGGAAAUGGCAGAAAAAGUGGAGGAGAUGGGAGCGCUAAUGGCGAACCUGGAGAAGGCCAACCAGAGAGCGGAUUUUGCCCAGAGGGAGGUGGAGAGGCUGAGGGAGCAGCUCGCCGGCACUCAGAGCACUUCUAAAGCCACCGGCCCAUCAGAAGACCGACCCAAGGAGGAGAGGGAGCGUGACGAGCGAGACGAGGGCUCGCUGUCGCGGCUGGAGGUGGUGCUGUUCUCCAAGGACAGAGAGAUCCUCAGACUGCUCGAGAACGUCCAGAGACUCCAGUUCACCUUACAAGAAGUCCAAGACUCGUCGGCCAAUCAGAUAGCAGAGCUGGAGCGGCAGCUGGCCUAUAAGUCAGAAGCUAUAGAGACCCUGGAGGCCAAACUACAGUCCCAGAUGGAUUAUGAAGAGAUCAAAACAGAGCUCAGCAUCCUGAAAGCCAUGAAACUGGCAUCAGCCAAUGGAAGUUCAUCCCAGGAAUCAGCCAAAACCGCUGAGGCACUGCUGCUGGACAAAGACACCUUUCUGCCCUCUCACAAAUUUCUUGUGGAUAAAGUCAGAGUGUUACACAACAGCGAUGAGGGUCAUUCUGAGGACUCCAGUAAGGAUGUGAGUCGCCCGGCGGGGUCGUAUUCCUCGCCUCCAGGAACACUGCCCAUAGAUGGCCGUACGUCCUCCAGCCCAGGACCGCCCAACACUGACACGCCCUCCUCUGCCCACGAACUGCCCCGCCCCUUCUCAGUGUCGCCCUUCUCGGGCGAGAAACUUGCCGGAGAUCAGCUCCUGCAGAAACAGCUCCUGUCUCCCCUCUUCAAAAAAGAUGGCAGCUCCAUCAUGGCGUUCCCCACCGCCCUCUACGCCGCCAAAGCGGCCCUCAUGUCAGCCAAUCAGAACACCUCUAUGCCAGUCACUAUGGAGACAGGCAUGCCAAGUGACCAAUCAGAGAGCGGUAGCUCAGGGGGAGGAGACGACGACCAGUUGGACACAGCAGAAAUCGCUUUUCAGGUCAAAGAGCAGCUGCUGAAACACAACAUUGGUCAGCGCGUGUUCGGCCACUACGUGCUGGGCCUCUCGCAGGGCUCAGUCAGCGAGAUCCUGGCUCGACCCAAACCCUGGAGGAAGCUCACCGUCAAAGGCAAAGAGCCUUUCAUCAAAAUGAAACAGUUCCUGUCAGAUGAGCAGAACAUCCUGGCUUUACGCACCAUCCAGGUUCGCCAGCGAGGGAGCAUCACUCCUCGCAUCCGAACUCCUGAAACUGGGUCAGACGAUGCCAUCAAGAAUAUUCUAGAGCAGGCCAAGAAGGAGAUCCAGUCACAAAGAGGUGAUUGUAAGUCAUCUCUUGGCUGUUCAUCGGGCCGUAACAGCUCUGGAGGAAGUAGCAGUUCUGAUGAAACCAUCAAGAGCAUCUUGGAACAGGCCCGUCGGGAGAUGCAAGCACAGCAGCAGGCCCUGCUGGAGAUGGAGGUGUGCGGCCGGACGCCCACCAGCGAGCGUCUCGUUCUGCAGGAUCCCACCAAGUGUCAGCCGCCCCCCACGCCGCCCUUCAUCAAACAAGAAGAGGGCACGUCCGUGCCGGUGUGCGUGUCCAAUCCCACCGGCAGCCCUCAGACGCCUCUCAGCGUCUUGUCACCCGCUGCCUUCGUCCAAAACAUCAUCCGUAAAGUCAAGUCGGAGAUCGGCGAAGCCGGAGCAUAUUUCGACCAGCACUGGUCCGCCGAGCGUGGCGCGGUCGUAAUGGGUGUGAGCGGCACCUCUCAUCCUUUCACCUCCGUCUCUCCGUCGCUCUCUUCCUCUUCGUCCACGUCCAUGCCUCGUCCCUGGCCGCGGCUGGAGAACGGAGACUGCCUUGCAAACGGCGAGGAAGCGUCUGCACCAGAGGAUGAACCUGUAUUAGGCCGGCAGGUGGAGAUCAAAGUGGAGCCAGACGCGUCCGUCAGCAGCGAGGCACCCUGCGGGGGAGGACGGGUGUCGUACUUUCCCACAUACAUCCCACGAACCCUGAAGCCCACCGUCCCACCGCUGACCCCGGAGCAGUAUGAGAUGUACAUGUAUCGUGAGGUGGACACACUCGAACUCACCCGGCAGGUGAAGGAAAAACUGGCCAAGAACGGGAUCUGCCAGAGGAUCUUCGGAGAGAAGGUGUUGGGUUUGUCUCAGGGCAGUGUGAGUGACAUGUUAUCCAGGCCUAAACCCUGGAGUAAACUCACUCAGAAGGGACGCGAGCCAUUUAUUCGCAUGCAGCUCUGGCUGCUGGACCAGCUGGGUCAUGGACUCAACCAGCUGCCCAACCACAGCCACAACCAGGAUAAGAGCCCCGUGACGACCCGCUCAUCCCCGUCCCCUCCUCCGAGUCCUGAAGACGGACACCCUAACAUGACCCUGGAGCCCGUCAGUCUGGCGCUGGAGAGCAGUAAGGAGAACCAGCACCCUCAGCAGGUGGAGCCUCACGGAGGGAAGAGCACCCCGGGCAUGACCGUCCCCCAGCAGCCCCACACACCGCUGGGGAUCCAGGAGCUGGUGGCCAUGUCGCCGGAGCUGGACACGUAUACCAUCACCAAGAGAGUGAAGGAAGUUCUGACGGACAACAACUUAGGUCAGCGUCUGUUUGGAGAGAGCAUUCUGGGAUUGACCCAGGGUUCAGUGUCUGACCUGCUGUCCAGACCGAAGCCCUGGCAUAAGCUCAGUCUGAAGGGUCGGGAACCAUUCGUCCGCAUGCAGCUGUGGCUCAAUGACCCGCACAACGUGGACAAACUCAGAGACGUCAAGAAAAUGGAGAAGAAAGCGUAUCUGAAGAGGCGAUACGGUCUGUUGAGUCCCGGCUCAGACAGCGAUUCCCCCGGCGCUCAUUCUGACUGCAUCAGUCCGGGUUUGACCCCGCUGGAGUUCUGCCCCUUCAGCCAAGCCAAGAAACCCCGAGUGGUGCUGGCGGCAGAGGAGAAGGAGGCUCUGAGGAAGGCGUAUCUCCAGGAGCCGUACCCCUCGCAGCACACCAUCGAGAUGCUGGCCGCCCAACUCAACCUCAAAACUAACACCGUCAUCAACUGGUUCCACAACUACAGGUCCCGUAUGCGACGAGAGGUCCUGAUGGAGGGUCUCCAAGACAACGACACGGACGCCGAACACACCAACUACUCCCCUCUGGCGUCCCACAGCCCCGUGUCUGACCGUGACGACAGGAAGCAGCCCUCGGCCGUCUGCAGCCGUCCUCUCAGCGCCGUCCCCCGACGCUUCACCGUCAAACAGGAGGCGAACGAGCCGGAUGAAGAUGAGGACCUGCGUCUGAGGCAGGCCAAGUGCUUCUCUGUCGGCGUCCAGUUCUCUCAGCUGAAAAACGACCCGGGUGUCAGGGACGAGGAGCCGGGCCGCAGUCAGGGUCUGCUUAAUGACGGGCCGCAGAGGAACAGCUUGGCGGCGGCGCACGAGGGUGACGAGCUGGAGAAGUCGCCCGAGGAUCCCGUCAGCUUCAAAGCUUCGUCCGAACCAUCCCGGAGCAGCCUGGAGGUUUCGCUCAACUCGCCCUCCGCCGCGUCCUCGCCCGGCCUUAUGAUGUCUGUGUCCCCCGUCCCAUCCUCUUCUGCCCCCAUCUCUCCAUCGCUGCCCAUCCUUCCAGCCCCGAGCCAUCAUCCGCCCACCAACUACGGCCUGGAGUCGCCGUCGCUCAACUCCAAACUCAACAAAAGCACUCAGAGACGCAACGAGAAGAUGGCCAACCUCAACAACAUCAUCCAUCGGCUGGAGCGAGCCGCCAACCGGGAGGAAACCCUGGAGUGGGAGUUCUAGAGAUAGUUUUAACGUCAUCGUACGAGCCGCUCUGACGAAAAAAUCUGGCCGUCAGAUAUUUAUAAACACGUUUUAGGUAUUUUGAUAAAGUAACUUUGAAUUCUACGUCACAGCACUAGCUGGUUUUGUUUUAAACAGCGAAGGAGAGAAAAAGUAGCAGUGUCAUGAAAUGCACACUGACGUCUUGUAGAUUGCCACUGGGUGAGAUUAUUCAAAUAAAAGACCUCUGUCUUAAGCCAUCAAAAAGCACUACUUAUUUAAAAACAAAAAAAAAGAGAAAGAGACAAUGACCAAAUUUGCUAAUUUUUGAAUAGCAGUUUUUCAACUUUUGUCUGUAAGACGGGACACGAAGUCAAGUGACGUGCGACAGCUUCACCUUGACCGAGGGAUAGUCCUAAAAGACUCUAAAUAGUGAACACUGCAUAUGUAUUUAGUUUCUUGGUGACAUGUUUUGGAACUUUUGUUAUACAAGCGUACAACGUGUGAUUGUGUGUGUUGUAGAAAUCGUCUGCAAUAGCCUUCUCUGAACAAGAUGUAGCAUGGAACAUAAUUUACCCUCUAUUUCCUCUCUAGAUAGUAACCUGUGAUAUACUUGAGCGAUACUAUAAAAAGAGAAAAACGGUAAAAAACAAGAAAAAAGGAAAUGUAAAAAAAGUCGGUACGACGGUAGAUGCAUUUUUGAUUUUGUGAACGUGUCAUUUUUUUAUUUUCGAUUUUUUUUUUUUGGUUGGAUACUUUGAGGUUUUACACCAGGGCUCUUGUGCACAGUUCACACACUGCAAAAAAAAAAAUGCUUUUCUUACUCUUGUUUUCUAGCACAAAUAUCUAAACAUUCUUAAAUCAAAAUACAUUUACUUGAGAAGCAAAACGACUUAAAGGGAUACUUCACCCAAAAAUUAUCCCAUGAUUUACUCACCCUCAAGCCAUCCUAAGUGUAUAUGACUAUCUUGUUUGUCGAACACAACCAGAGCUAUAUUUAAAAAUGUCUUGGCUCUUUCAAAGUUUUAUAAUGGUAGU